AUGGAAAAGAGCAAGGUUCUGGUGGUGGGUGGGAGCGGCUACAUAGGGAGGAGGUUAGUGAAGGCAAGCCUGGCAGAGGGGCAUGAGACGUAUGUGCUUCAGAGGACGGAGAUAGGCCUCGAUAUUGACAAGCUGCAGAUGCUCCUCUCCUUCAAGAAGCAGGGCGCCCAUCUCGUCGAGGCCUCCUUCUCCGACCACCGAAGCCUCGUUGACGCCGUCAAGCUUGCAGAUGUCGUCAUCUGUGCCAUGUCAGGUGUCCAUUUCCGCUCUCACAACUUGCUCCUGCAGCUCAAACUUGUUGACGCCAUUAAGGAUGCUGGCAACGUUAAGGCCAACACUUCUAGUAGAUGGAACAUUGCGUGUGAGGAUGAUGGUGGAAGGGCAGUGCUUCUAGAAGAUGGAACCUUGCGUGAAAAUGGUGGUGGAGGGCCAGUAUUUCCAGCAGAAACAGGAAACAUUUCUCCACAGAAUCAAGAACGAAAGUAA